AUGGAGAUUGUGGCCUAUAAUAGGUGCUGCUCUCGGUUUGCUUCCUAAGGAUACUUCUCCUGAUUCUGAUCAUAUCUAUUAUUAGGUUUGUCCCGUUUCCUAUCUAUUACAUAUUUGUGUGUAGUUAUAUAUGUUGUAAUUAGCAAUGCUUUUGCUUUGAGGAUGGGCUUGGCGCAACGGUAAGGUCGUUUCAUAUGACACACAGGUUCAGAAACAACAUUUCCAUGUCGAGGUUUUGAAUGAAUGAAUUCACUCAUGGCCGACAAUAAAAGGGAGCAAGACUCAGUUCAAAUUGCCUUAUUUUAGAUAUUCUACCAGGAACAAUGGCUGCUGGUUUGAAGCGAGAUCCUAUUAUGAUUCUCCGUAUGGAUGGGGAAGACCUCCUUGAGUUUACCAAGAGCCCGAAUUUUGAAUCAGAGAUGCUUUCUAUAUUUACAGAGAUAGAGUUGCCAGAAGGAGCCCUCCGUGAUUACAUUUUCAAGGCUUUUGAAAAUCUUAGUGUUGAUCAAGGGAUGCCUCCUGCUUCCGAUUAUUGGGUUAUGAACAAUAUGGUAGAGCCGGCACUGCAAUCUUGUGGUGGUGUUAAUGAGCAGCCCAUCUCUCCGGAGGUAUUUUUGGCAGAGUUUCAGAAAGUAGCAGAGAGAAUGGCUCAACGUCUGAAGGAGCAGCCUGUUAUAGUUGCUCACAGUGAGAGUACCUUUGAUGGAAGCAGCAUUAAGAGACUUUUAUCUAACAACUUUGAAUUGGACAAGACACUAGACGCAGCGUUGAAAGAUGUGGUAAGGGAUCAAAAUGGGAAAAUGUCAAAGGAAUCUCUGCGAGUGGCGCUUGAUGUGGUGUCCCCAUCGGCAGGUUUGCCUCCAUGUGGUGCAGUUGAUCAGAUGGACAAGGUUAUUAACGACGUUUUUGAGAUGUUGGAUGGUGAUGACGGGAAGAUUGUUAGAGAGGACGAGUUCAAGAAGAUACUGACUGAAAUUUUGGAGACUAUUAUGUUGCACUUGGAGGGAAAUCCGAUUUUGGUUUCCAAAAACUCGGUUGUGCAUGAGCCGCUUGCUGCUUCUUCCUCAUAAUAUUAUAAGGUGUCUUACUGUCGGAUACGAAGGAAAGAAAAAUGUGUAAGAAAUAUAAAAUCAACAUUGAGGAAAUGAUUACAAGUUCUUAAGUACUGUAACUGUGAUGUUCACUUAAUUGCACUAAUGAUAUGCUUUAGACAUGGUUGA